GCUCCUUUCACAGCUUGAUGGUUUUGGCAGUAGCGAUGAUGUCAAGGUCAUUGCUGCCACAAAUCGCAUUGAUGUGCUCGAUCCGGCACUGCUGCGAAGUGGACGUCUUGAUCGAAAGGUAGAAUUUACGCUUCCGGAUGAGGAGGCACGGGCGCGAAUCCUUGAAAUUCAUUCCCGGCGCAUGGCGAUUCAUGGGGAUGUCAACUUUGAGGAAAUUGCCCGCAUGACAGAAGAUAUGAACGGGGCACAAUUAAAAGCGGUUUGCGUGGAGGCGGGUAUGCUGGCACUGCGCAACGACCGUGUAUAUGUGGCACAUGAAGAUUUUGCUGAGGGUGUCACAGCUGUACAGUCUCGAAAGAAGUCCAGCCUGAAUUAUUAUGCAUGA